AUGGGCCAAAAGGCAGUCGCCGGCCCAAGAAGGCUAUUGCGGAGGGCGAGGGUUCCGCUCCGAGCCCUAGGCCUUGCCAUAGCUCUUUGUUUCUUAUCCUUUUGCGAAGUUGGCGCGCAUGAUCACUUGGAAGAGCCGGUGGCGGUGGUUGUAAACCCCCUACCGCAAGAAGCCCUGGAAACACUGCUGGAAGAACGGCAGAGGGGGCCGGAGGAGGGAGCCUCCGUCUCCGCGUGGGUGACAAAGCGGUUGAGAGGAAAUAAUUCCCUGAGCGAAAUAUUUCGGGACAGUUACUACGACAGUGACAUAAAGAGGCUGAAUCCAACCUGUGCCGUGAUCGGCUUCCUCUUGCGUACCGUUCCAGUGUGCCCCGUUGUCCGGCAACUGGAGAAAUAUUUCCUGGGGACGCCCCCUUCGCUCAACCAAUUCUUCGCCAACACGCUGGUCCCGUCCCCCGAGAUGAACGCCUACCUACCCAAACCUCUGGCAGUCUACCCAAGCAUGCUCCCGGACAUCAUCGACGAGGAGGUCGCGGACGCCGAGAGACACACGAUCUAUUGGUACUACGCCAUGGUCGCCUUGGCCUGGAGGAACAUGGCCGAUAUCCUCCGUCCCGAGGAAGCCAGGGCGGCAGGCCGCCCGGCUCAGACGUUCGAGGCCUACCCCGGCUGGCACCUAGCCGAUGGUUGGGAGACCGGGCGAUUGAUCGAGUCUCAAAGCGGGCCCUUCGCCGUCACUAUGGCCAAAAACAGGCAUUUGGUCGUCUUGAUGCGUGGGAGCACUACAGACGAGGACUGGGCCGCGAAUUUCAAUUACCCCUUCUGCGCCAACGAGUCGGCCGCGGCCAUAGGCAUCCCCGGGCGGGUUCACCAGGGGUUCCUUGAGUACCUUAUUGCCAUUGCGCCCUUGCUGGACGCUGAGGUGGAGCGAAUCAAACCGCGACGAAUUAGCCUCGCGGGGGACUCAGUGGGAGGGGCCGUAUCUGUGAUCACUGGGGCGUACCUGGCUAGGAAGUACGCGUCAGGUUUAGACAGCAAGGUCGAGGUGAUCGCGAUAGGUAAGGCAAAGGGGGCAUCGGCUGAGCUGUUGUUCCCACAGGUCCCCGUCAAGCGUCUGCAAAUCCUACAACACCGCCCUUGCCUUCUUUUAACCUUUAUGCUUUCAGGCACGCCACGCGUAGGAGACGACGUCUUCAGCAGCUUUUUUCGCGAGCACGUUAACGGCCGCAGCCCCGCCUUCCUCGGGUCUGGGAUUCGAUUUCGAGGAAAGGCCGUGGGAUUCAAUAUGGUGUGGGAGAUCGGUGAUUUCGUGGUGCAGGUCCCUUGGGACUGCUUCCCGGUGCCUGAUUGCGUGGGAGGGAGCACCGAGACCUACAUGUACUCAUAUCAUGGGGGGCUGAUCAAAAUCACCCCUCGGAUGAUGCCCAACGAAGACGGUUGGAUGGAAGAGGCGAACUGGCUUGGGGACUUCAAGAUCGGCUUUAAGGGAAUGGUGGCCACGCACAUGUGCAGCUACUGGUGCUGGGCCACGCGUGGGCUCCCUCCCCCCUACGAGGGCUCCAAGUGCUACUUUCCAAGUGACGUCAAGCACGUCGGUCCGGCCACCGACAUAUGCCUUUCUGGGGCAUAGGCGAGAGUGUGGGGAAGGAGGGGGGCGG